AUGAGUCAUUCAAUAGAACAUGAACUCCCUCCUGACAUUAUUGAAGCCGCACUACCUUACCUUUCGACCCAAGAUAUUAAAAACCUAUCCCUCACAAAUCGAUACUUUCACAAAUUGCUCGAUUUUGGCAAGUCCAACACACUCUGGCAUGAGCUCUUCCAUAAGUCGUUCGGCUCCACGCACUCUGACGCCGAGCCACUCGUCUCUCAACAAAAUCAUGAGUAUAUGAGCUGCUCUGAAGCAAUACUGAGAAACCGGCACCCCGAUAAGUCAUGGUGCGAUCUAUAUAAGUUGAGAUCUCAUGAUGUGAGAUUCUACACUUGGGGGUGCUUGAAGCAUGCCAGACUAGGAUUCACGUCCAUUUCGCAUGGCUCGCUACCUGCCAGCUGGAUUAACAAUGCAGGGAUGAGGCUGCAAUUUGGUGUUAAUACUCCUGUCGCAGUGCCCUGGUUUGAAGAUGAGGGCAACGAGAAGUCACCAGAGGCUGACCAAAGUAUCGCAUGCAUAUCCGGCGGAGGAUUUUCUUUUCAGGUACUAACGAGAUCCGGAAAGCUCUACAUGACAGGCUCGACGUACUCCGGAGGCCAUAAAGGUCCAGGGCCCAGAGAGGGGGAACAUGACUUCAAUUCAUUUCAACAAAUCAUCAUGGACACGGAGCGCAGCCUGACCUUCUUUAACGGGAGAAUUCCACACGGUCGAGGCGCUCUACCGUUUCAAGGAAACAGCUCAGCAACCCUCGAAGCUCCUCACGAAAACAUAUACGCCAAUUUUGAGGACGUUGAAAGAAUCUUGGAUCAAAAAAUUCCAGGAAACAAACACAUGCGACGCCUUUUUACGCGCGAAGUCAUUAAGGUAGAGCGUGGCGGUGCGCCUGUUCUGUCUGUUGAUGCAACGAAGCUUGAUGUAAUCAAAUUCACGUCCGUUUCCUCAGGGAGGUCUCAUAUUUUGGCACUAAGCGCAGAGGGUAAUGUUUACUCUUGGGAUGGCCCAGAUGUUGAGCAAGGUGUCAAAAUUGCAUUUGAAGGCUUACCGACAAAAGAAACCAAUCCAGUAAUUAAGAUCGGAUGUGGCUGGAAUUUCAAUUGCGUUUCUAUCUAUAACUUAGGCCUAGUGGUUUGGGAGAGUAGAGAGCCUAUAAGAGAAAAUGAAACAAGUGCUGGAGCGCACUAUAAGGUUAUUCCAAGUACUGGCCAGGUCAGCGGCGAAGGCAAAAUAGUUGACUUUGCUUGUUGUGCCAACAUGUCUGUGUUUUUCAUCUCGGCCGCAGGUGACAAACUCUGGCGUUAUGCUAAUGAAACAGUGGAUGAAGUCAAACUGCCAUUCCAUGGAAAGCUUGUAAAGUUAGUGGGUAGCUAUACUACGUUAGCGAUCUUUACAGAAAACCAUUGCUACGCUGUCAAAGUGACAGAAGGGCACAUGCGCCCUGAAACAUUCAUGGAACUGGAACUUGAUGACGAAAACGAAAAGCUUAUUUCUCUCUCGACCGGCGACUAUCAUACCGUGGCUUUAACAUCCAGCGGCAAAAUUUACACAUGGGGUCUCGAGAGCGAGCUUUGCGGAUGCUUAGGAUUGGGGAGUCGAGACGAAAUAGUGAAUGAGAGGCGUGUAGGUAGGAUCGAAAACCUAAGAAGUACGUUGGUACUGAAGCCCUCAAAAGUCAAAAUAGGGGAUUCAGACUACACAUGCGUGGCCAUAACCGCAGGAGGAUGGCAAACUGGGGCGCUGAUAGUGAAAUAA